AUGGAGCUGUUCUGCAAGAACAACAGAGCAAUGGUCAAGCUUCCGCCAACACAGGUAACUAUGACAGCUUGCAUGCAAAGAGUUUUUCUUUACUGUAUUGCUAUUCAUGAUGCUUCAUUCAACGAUUACAUUUUCUUUCAAUCACAAGGAUGCUCUCCUACAACAUGUUCAUCGUUCAAUUUUCCAAGCGGGAAUAUGGUCGACCAGUGAGCACUCACAACAGGCAGUACCAUCUCCAGACAGGUUUUCUUGGAAGAACGAGGGAGGAACAUGGGUACCGAAAUGGAUAACCAUACCCGAGGUCUCGAAGACUUGCAGCGAACUAACAAAGUGUACCUGCAAAGGUUCAUGCACAAGAUGCAAGUGCGCUAAGGCGUAUUUGGCGUGCACUCCGCUUUGCAGAUGUAAAUGUGUAAAAAGUGCAAGUGAUCCGUGA